CUAAAUGAAACAGAGGAAUGCAGUAUGUCAGAAAAAGAAUUCAGCAUAAUGGUCAUACAAUUCAUAAACCAGAUGGACGAGAAAAUCAACAACCUAUGUAAGAAUCAAGAAGAAAUCAAAAGUGACAUAGCAACAAUAAAAAACACAAUGAAAGGUUUUAACAGUAGACUAAGAGAAGCAGAGGACCGAAUUAGUGAGGUAGAAGAUAGGGCAGAGAAACAAGUCCAAUCUGAACAGAAACUGGAGAAAAAAAUUAAAAUGCAAGAGGAGAGCCUAAGUGAGCUUUGGGACAACAUGAAAUGAAGUAACAUAUGUAUAAGAGAGAUGCCAGAAGGACAAGAAGAGCAGCAAGGAUUAGAGAACCUAUCUGGAAAAAUAAUGACAGAAAACUUCCCUGAUAUGGGGAAGAAAAAAGUUACACAAGCACAGAGAGUCCCAAACAAGAUGAACCCAAAAAGAGCCACCUCAAGACACAUAAUUACAAUGGCAGACGUUAAAGAUAAAGACUGAAUCUUAGCCUUAGCCGGUUUGGCUCACUGGAUAGAGCGUCGGCCUGGGGACUGAAGAGUCCCAGGUUCGAUUCCAGUCAAGGGCAUGUACCUUGGUUGCGGGCACAUCCCCAGUAGGGGGUGUGCAGGAGGCAGCUGAUUGAUGCUUCUCUCUCAUCAAUGUUUCUGACUCUCUAUCCCUCUCCCUUCCUCUCUGUAAAAAAUCAAUAAAAUAUAUAUUUUUUUAAAAAGAGUGAAUCUUAAAGGCUACAAGAGAGAGACAGAGAGUUACCUACAAAGGAUCUCCUAUUAGAUUACCAAAUGAUUUCUCAACAGAAACACAUCAGGCCAGAAGGGAAUGGAAUGAAGUAUACAAAGUAAUGCAAAGCAAGGGACUGAAUCCAAGAAUACUCUAUCCAGCAAGGCUAUCAUUCAAAAUUGAAGGGGAAAUCAGGAGCUUUUCAGAAAAGAAAAAAAAAAAAGCUCAGGGAGUGUAUCACUACCAAGCCAGCAAUGCAAGAAAUACUAAAGGGAAUGCUAUAAAAAGAAGAAAUAGAAAGGGAAGAAGGAAAACAGGCAUAAAGAAUAAAAAUGACUACAAACAAGUACCUAUCAAUAAUAACCUUAAACAUAAAUGGACUAAAUGCUCCAAUCAAAAGACAUAAAGUGGCUGAAUGGAUAACAAAACAGGACCCAUAUCUAUGCUGUCUACAAGAGUCCCACCUCAGAACCAGGGACUCACACAGACCGAAAGUGAAGGGACGGAAAAAUAUUUUUCAGGCCAAUGAAAAUGAAGAAAAACCUGGGGUAGCAAUACUUAUAUCUGACAAAAUAGACCUCAAAGUGAAAGCCAUAACAAGAGAUAAGGAAGGCCACUUCUUAAUACUAAAGGGAUUGAUACAACAAGAGGAUAUAACUCUGGUAAACAUGUAUGCAACCGAUGCAGGAGCACCCAAAUACAUAAGAAAAACUUCUGGGAGAUUUCAAGGGAGAGACUGACAGCAAUAUAAUCUAUAGUAGGGGGCUUCAAUACCCCAUUGACAUCACUGGAUAAAUCUUCUAAACAAAAAAUCAGCAAAGAAACAGUAAUCAUAAAUGACUCAUUAGAUCAGAUGGACUUAAUAGACACUUUCAUAACAUUCCACCCCAAAGCUAUAGAAUAUACAUACAUUCUUGUCACAUGGGACAUUUUUAAAGAUAGACCACAUAUUGGGACACAGGCAAAGUCUCUUCAAAUUCAAGAAGAUUGAAAUAUCAAGCAUUUUCUCAGAUCACAAUGGCAUAAUAUUAGAAAUAAACUACAAUAAAAACCAUCACAAAUAGUCAAACACUUGGAGGCUAAAUAGCAUGUUAUGAAACAAUGAUUGGGUUACCAAAGAGAUCAAAGAAUAAAUAAAAACAUCCUGGAAACUAAUGACAACGAAAACACAACAAUCCAAAAUCUAUGGGACACAGUGAAAGCAGUCCUGAGAGGGAAGUUCAUAGCAUUACAGGCCUACCUCAAAAAACAAGAAAACUGGUAAUAAAUGAACUAACUCUACAACUUAAAGAAUUAGAAAGAGAACAACAAGAAAAGUGCAUGCAUUCUCUUCUUCACCAUGUCUUCCCACAAGAUUUUCAGGAUCAAGAGGUUCCUGACCAAGAAACAAGAGCAAAAUCAGCCCAUUCCCCAAUGGAUUCAGAUGAAAACUGGUAAUAAAACCAGGUACAACUCAAAGAGGAGAUAUUAGAGAAGAACCAAACUGGACCUAUGAGAAAUCACACAUGAGAGAUGACUCACAUCCAGGUUGCCUAUACCUUUAAAUGAUUGGAAAGAUGCUACUGUCUGGACAGUUGGGGCAUUUUAAUCAGAAAAUUAAUGGACUUGUGAUUUUGCUGAUUUUUUUCUCUACAAUAGUAGGUUGGUUCAGUAAUAAAUGUGUGAGACCUUUAAAAAAAAAUUGAUGAACCCCUAGCUAGGCUCACCAAGAAGCAAAGAGAGAUGACCCAAAUAAACAAGAUCAGAAAUGAAAGAGGCAAAAUAACAACAGACCCCAUAGAAAUACAAAGGAUUGUAAAAAAAAAUAUACUAUGAGCAACUCUAUUCUAACAAACUGGUCAACCUAGAAGAAAUGGACAUAUUCACAGAAAAAUACGACCUUCUAAAACUCAAUCAGGAAGAAUAAAAAAAUCUGAAUAAGCUGAUAACUAUGGAGGAAAUUGCAGCAUUAAUCAAAAAACUUCCAGCAAACAAAAGCCCUGGGCCAGACAACUUUACAGGAGAGUUUUACCAAACAUUCAAAGAAGAACUAAAACCUCUCCUCCUCAGACUAUUCCAAAAAAUUUAAGAGGAAGGAACACUUCCAAGCUCUUUCUAUGAAGCCAGCAUUACCUUAAUCCCAAAACCAGAUAAAGACACUACAAAGAAAGAGAAUUACAGGCCAAUAUCCCCGUGAACAUAGACGCCAAAAUCCUCAACAAAAUUCUAGCAAAUCAGAUCCAGUACUACAUUAGAAAGAUAAUACAACAUGGCCAAGUGGGAUUUAUUCCGGAGAUGCAAGGAUGGUACAAUAUCCGCAUAUCAAUAAACAUGAUAUAUCACAUAAACAAAUUAAGGGAUAAAAACCAUAUAAUCAUGUCAAUUGAUGCAGAAAAAGCAUUUGACAAAAUCCAACACCCUUUCUUGAAAAAAAUUCUCAGCAAAGUGGGACUAGAGGGAUCAUACCUCAACAUAAUAAAAGCCAUACAUGACAAACCUACAGCCAACAUCAUACUCAAUGGGCAAAAAAACUAAAACCAUUUCCCCUAAGAACAGGAACAAGACAGGGAUGCCCACCCUCACCACUCCUGUUUGACAUAGUACUAGAAGUGCUAGCCAUAGCAAUCAGACAAGAAGAAGAAAUAAAAUGCAUCCAAAUUGGAAAAGAAGAAGUAAAACUAUCAUUUUUCACAGAGGACAUGAUAUUGUACAUAGAAAACCCUAAAGAUUCCAUCAAGAAACUACUAGAUUUAAUAAAUGAUUGGCAAUGUAGCAGGACACAAAAUUAACACCCAGACCUCUAUGGCUUUUUAUACACCAAUAAUAAACUCACAGAAUGAGAAACAAACAAAAAAACCCAUUUACCAUUGCACCAAAAAAAUUAAGAUACCUAGGAAUAAACUUAUCAAAGGAGAUAAAAGACCUGUACUCGGAAAACUACAGGACCUUGAAAAAAGAGAGGAAGACAUAAACAAACAGAAGAACAUACUGUGUUCAUGGAUUGGUAGAACCAACAUCAUUAAAAUGUCCAUACUACCCAAAGCAAUCUACAGAUUCAAUGCAAUCCCCAUUAAGAUACCAACGGCAUAUUUCACAGACCUAGAACAAACUCUCCAAAUAUUCACCUGGAAGAAAAACAGAUACCGAAUAGCUGCAGCAAUCUUGAGAAAGAAGAACAAAGUUGGAGGGAUCACAAUACCAGAUAUUAAGCUAUAUUACAAAGCCACUGUUCUCAAAACCGUCUGGUAUUGGCACAAGAACAGACAUAUAGACCAAUGGAACAGAACAGAGAACCGAGAAAUAGACCCAAGCCAUUAUGCUCAAUAUUUGACAAAGAAGGCAAGAGCAUACAAUGGAAUCAAGACAGUUUCUUCAAUAAAUGUUGUUGGGAAAAUUGGUCAGAUACAUGCAAAAAAAUGAAACUAGGCCACCAACUUACACCAUACACAAAAAUAAACUCGAAAUGGAUAAAGGACUUAAACGUAAGAUGGGAAACCAUAAAAAUCUUAGAAGAAUCCAUAGACAGCAAAAUAUCAGAUAUAUGUCAUAGCAAUAUGUUUACCGACACAACUCCUAGGGCAGUGAUGGCGAACCUAUGACACGCGUGUCAGAGGUGACACGCGAACUCAUUGUUUUGGUUGAUUUUUCUUUGUUAAAUGGCAUUUAAAUAUAUAAAAUAAAUAUCAAAAAUAUACAUCUUUGUUUUACUAUGGUUGCAAACAUCAAAAAAUUUCUAUAUGUGACAUGGCACCAGAGUUAAGUUAGGGUUUUUCAAAAUGCUGACAUGCCGAGCUCAAAAGGUUCGCCAUUACUGUCCUAGGGCAAUGGAAACUAAGAAGAAAAUAAACAAAUGAGACUACAUCAAAAUAAAAAGCUUCUGCACAGCAAAAGAAACCAUCAACAAAACAACAAGAAAGCCCACUGCAUGGGAGACCAUAUUUGCCAAUGUUAUAUCCGAUAAGGGCCUACUCUCCAAAAUUUAUAGGGAACUCAUACAUCUUAACAAAAAGAUAAACAAUCCAAUAAAAAAAAAAAUGGGCCAAGGGCUUAAAUAGACACCUUUCAAAAGUGGACAUACAGAAGGCUAAAAGACAUAUGAAAACAUGCUCAAAGUCACUAAUCAUCCAAGAGAUGCAAAUCAAUACGACAAUGAGAUACCAUCUCACACCUGUCAGAAUGGCCAUCAUCAACAAAUGACAAGUGCUGGCAAGGACGCAGAGAAAAAGGAACCCUCGUGCACUGCUGGUGGGAAUGCAGACUGGUGCAGUCACUGUGGAGAACAGUAUGGCGUUUCCUAAAAAAAUUAAAAAUGGAACUCCCACUUGAGCCAGUAAUACCACUUCUAGGAAUAUAUCCCAAGAAACGAGAAACACCAAUCAGAAAGGACAUAUGCACCCCUAUAUUCAUAGCAGCACAAUUUACAAUAGCUAAGAUUUGGAAACAGCCUAAGUGACCAUCAGCAGAUGAAUGGAUUACUAUACUAUGGAAUACUAUGCUGCUGUAAGAAAAGAAAGAACUCUUACCAUUCGCAACAGCAUGGAUGGACCUGGAGAGCAUUAUGCUAAGCGAAAUAAGCCAAUCAGAGAAUGAUAACUAUCACAUGAUCUCACUUAUUUGUGGAAUACGAUGAACAUAAACUGAUGGACAAAAAUAGAUAGAGAGACAGAGAAGCAUCAAACAGAUUGUCAAACUUCAGUGGGACGGUGAGGGAGUAGGUAGGGGGAAGAGUAAGAGAUCAACCAAAGGACUUGUAUGCAUGCAUAUAAGCAUAACCAACAGACACAGACACUAGGA